CUUCUUUUUUCUAAUUUGAUCUUAAUAAAAUUUUAGAAUUUUAAAUUGGAUUGAAGAAUGAUUUAUAAAGAUUAUAUUAUAAUAUAGUUUAUCAUUAAGAAAACUAUAUGUAACUUUAUACAAAGUAGAGUCAACUUAUUUCACAUUUAUCAAAUUAAUGAGAAAUGUAUAUUUCUUGUUUCUAUUUUCAAAUAGAAUAAAACUUUUAAAUGUUUCUAUAUACUUAUUAUAUAUUUUAUGCUAGAUUAGAGUUGGCAUUCACGUUGGAACAUAGUUUGUGUCUGGAGUACUUGAAUCGUUUCAUGUUUCUUUUUCAAAAUUUCUGAUAUUCCUUUUUAAUUAUUUUGUCAUAAGAUAAGAAAGUGAAAAAAGGAACAAAAUAGUAAAUAAUCUUCGUAAUAUUACACAUACUUUUAUAUAGAUUUUGUAAUUCACGUUUAUAGGUAAUUUAAUCUAUCACAAAAUCAGUGUGGAACACGCAAAUAAAGGGAAGUAUAAUAUACUACCGCAUUUACGCACAUACGUAGAUAUCUAUGUUAUUCGAACACAUUAAGAUCAAUUAAAGUUAUUGACGAAAAAAACUUUUAAAUGUAAUUACGUUGUAAGAAGAAUGGCUGGAGUAUUUGACAUAGAAUUACAUGACGGAGACUCUAUAAAUCAAGACGAGUCGGAUGAUGAUAUCGUUGAAAAUAGAGAAGAAGAAUAUAAUCGUACUACAAAUAUAAAUACAAUAUUAGAAUCUGAUAAUUUAGAAAGAGUACAGUUAUCAGAACAAAAUGUCAAUGCAGGACAAGAGAAAACUGGUCCGCAAGAUUUUGAAUUAUGUAAAAUCCUUGGAGAAGGUGGAUAUGGAAAAGUUUUUCAAGUAAAAAAAGUAACUGGAAAAGAUAAAGGCAGUAUUUUUGCAAUGAAGGUAUUACGUAAAGCAUCUAUCAUAAGAAAUCAAAAGGACACAGCUCAUACAAAAGCAGAAAGGAAUAUUUUAGAAGCAGUAAAACAUCCAUUUAUUGUAAAUUUAAUGUAUGCAUUUCAAACUGGUGGUAAAUUAUAUUUAAUUUUGGAAUAUCUAUGUGGAGGAGAACUCUUCACAUAUUUAGAUAGAGAAGGCAUUUUCUUAGAAGAUACUGCUUGUUUUUAUUUAUCUGAGAUUAUACUCGCAUUGCAACAUCUUCAUAAUCAGGGUAUUAUAUACAGGGAUUUAAAGCCAGAAAAUAUUUUAUUAGAUGGCGAAGGUCAUGUUAAAUUAACAGAUUUUGGUCUUUGUAAAGAACAUAUAGAAGAAGGUACAGUAACACAUACAUUUUGUGGAACCAUAGAAUAUAUGGCACCAGAAAUUUUAACAAGAAGUGGACAUGGGAAAGCAGUUGAUUGGUGGAGUUUAGGUGCUCUAAUGUUUGAUAUGCUUACUGGAAUGCCACCAUUUACAGGAGAUGAUAGAAGAAAAACAAUCGAGAAGAUUUUACGCGGAAAGUUAAAUCUUCCGUUAUAUUUAACACCAGAUGCAAGAGACUUAAUACGAAAAUUAUUAAAAAGACAAGUAUCACAAAGAUUGGGAUCUGGACCCGAAGAUGCUGAACAGAUUAUGAAUCAUAAUUUUUUUGAACAUAUUAAUUGGCAAGAUGUAAUAUCGCGAAAAUUAGAGCCUCCUUUUAAACCAUCAUUAAAAAGUGCCGAUGAUACAUCGCAAUUUGAUGAACAAUUCACAGCAACUGUACCAGUUGAUUCACCAGUUGAAAGUACUUUAAGUGAAUCUGCUAAUAUGAUUUUUCAAGGUUUUACAUAUGUAGCACCUAGUGUUUUGGAGGAAAUGUGUGCACAACCAAGGAUCGUAAACGCUAGAAGCCCACGCAAAGGUUUCUUAAGUACAGGAAGUCUUCACAGUUUGUCAUCAAGAUCACCUGAUGGUCACAUUCGUACAACAUCUCAUUUUCACCAACAUAGGCAUCACGUUGUAGGCUCAAAUAAUAUGGAAGAUACCGAAAUGGCGGAUAUAGGUCCGCUUUUUAAUUUUUAAAUAUAGCAUAAUAAAUUUAAAUAAUCAAAUUAAUAAUAGAAUCAUUUAUAACGAAUAGAAGAAAAUGUUGGAUCUUCCAUUUUAGAUUCAGCAAAAAAUUUGUAAAAUUAUGUCCCAUAAUAUUUGUUCUUCGUUCCGACGAAAAUAGUUUAACUAUUUAAUUAUCGAAUUUAAUGCGGUUUGAAUUUAGACAUAAACAAUUCUAAACUUUAAAAGAAGUUACGCUUAUAGAGCAGCGGUGCUACUCUACAAAUCAUAUGUAGGCCUGUAAUUGCUCUAAUAUGACUGAUAAUUAUUUGCAAUGUAAAAAAGUAAUAUUAUAUGCGCUUUUAUUGUGUAA